AUGCCGAGGGGAAACCAGAGCCACAUCACCGAAUUCCUCCUCCUGGGGCUGACAGCUGACCCCAAGCAGCAGCUCUGGCUCUUUGCCAUUUUCCUGGCCAUGUACCUGAUCAACGUGGUUGGAAACUCAGUCAUCAUUGCAGCCAUCCGAGGAGAUGUCCGCCUCCACACUCCCAUGUACUUCUUCCUCUCCAACCUGUCCCUGGUCGACAUCUGCUUUACAAACGUCAUUGUGCCAAGGAUGCUGGCAAACAUGAUGAGCAAGAGCAAGAAAGUCCCCUUUGCCCAGUGUCUCAUGCAGAUGUAUUUCUUCGUGGCCUGUGCCAUCACUGACAGUUUCCUCCUGGCUGCCAUGGCCAUUGACCGCUAUGUGGCCAUCUGUAACCCACUGCAUUACACCACAACCAUGAGCCCCAGGCGCUGUCUCCUGCUGGUGGUGGCAUCCUGGGUGGUGUCCCACCUCCACUCACUCACCCACACGGUUCUCAUGGCCCGCCUCUCCUUCUGUGGAUCCAACAUCAUCCACCACUUUUUCUGUGACGUCCAGCCACUGCUAACGCUCUCCUGCUCUGAUACCUCUGUCAAUGAACUUCUGGCCUUCACAGAGGGCUCCUUUGUAAUCAUGAGUCCCUUUAUCUUCAUUAUUGUGUCUUAUGUAUACAUUGCUCGUGCUGUCCUGAGGGUCCCUUCAGGAAGAGGCAGAUACAAGGUCUUCUCCACCUGUGGAUCCCACCUCACAGUGGUGGCACUCUACUAUGGAACUGCCAUCUCAGUGUACAUUCGCCCCUCAUCCACCUACUCGGUGACAAAGGACCGCGUGGUCACUGUCGUCUACACCGUGGUAAUCCCCAUGCUGAACCCUUUCAUCUACAGCCUUCGGAACAAGGACAUGAAACAGGCUUUGAGAAAGUUGACUAAGAGAACAGAAUAA